GCCAUGGCAGCAGGACGCUCCGGGUUUUAGCCCCGCCCCCGUUGCCAUGGCAGCAGGACGCUGAUGGCGGACGCGGCCCCGGCGCUGCAGGCCCUGUACCGCUGGCUGGACACGGUGCCGCUGUCCCGGCCCCGCAGGAACAUCGCCCGCGACUUCAGCGAUGGGGUGCUCGCGGCCGAGGUGGUGAAGUUCUUCUUCCCCGCCAUGGUGGAGCUGCACAGCUUCGUGCCCGCCAGCUCCACCGCCCAGAAACUCGCCAACUGGGGGCACCUCAACAGGUACGGCCGGGGCACCCCCCUCACCCCCGGCCCCCCGUUCAACCCACCCCCGGUGCCCCCCACCCCGGGAGCGCUGUGCCCAUCCC